CUUGCUGUCGCUAGGAUACAUCGAAUAUAAUGUAAACAGUUCUCUGUCGCAGACACCAGCCAGCGAAGUUUAGGCUGCUGUUUGUCCAACAUGUUUUCUUAAUUUCUUCCGUAGUUCCAUGGCUGUAGUUUACAGGUGGGUUGAGUUUCAGUUUUACAUCAAGCUGCCCUCUGCCAUGCCAUCCAUUAAAACAUCUAACAGAAAUCUGCCAAAGUCGACAUUGCUGGAUAUUAAGUCACAGAAAUGUGGAACGCGGCACACAGUUUACUCAGUCAGUGGAAAUGAAUACACUGGGGAGUGGCUGAACAACAAGAAGCAUGGGAAGGGAACUCAGGUUUGGAAGAAGCCUGCUGCCAUUUAUGAUGGAGAGUGGAAAUUUGGAAAACGUGAUGGACGUGGUACCUAUAGUGUGCUGCUCCCAGGAUCAAAUAAGUAUACCACGCAGUACUGCGGUGGAUGGAAAAAUGGAAAGAAGCAUGGUAAUGGGAUGUACGUUUACAGUAAUUUGGCAUUUUAUGAGGGAGAGUGGAGCGAGGACGAUCGGAGUGGCUGGGGAAGGAUGUACUAUGAGAAUGGAGACAUGUACGAGGGAGAGUGGAUGAAGGAUAAGAAUCACGGACAGGGAUUCAUUCGAUGUGCAAAUGGAAACUGGUAUGAAGGCUCCUGGCGAGAUGGCAAGAAGAACGGUAACGGAAAGUUCUGCUAUUCUGACAAAGGUCAGAUUUAUGAAGGCUUCUGGGUGGACGGAGUAGCAAAAUGCGGGACCCUGUCAGAUUUUAAGAGAGACGAAGCACCAGCACCACCAAAGUAUCCAAUCCCACAGCUACACCUGGCAGAUAUGCAGUUGGUUUUAAAAGAAGCCGAAUCAGCCUACCGUGAUCAGCGCUGAUGAACAACAAGGGGAUCAACAGUUUCCACUCCACCACAUGCUUACUGCUAAAGAAUAAAGAAAGAAAUUCAGCAUGUUCCAGUUAGUCAUUAUCUUCACUUACAUUAUGUCCUUUUCAGCUGAGCAAACCGUAACAGUUCAGUUGUGUUGAAAUCAAACGUAAUGGUAGAACUAUAAUAAGGGAAUUAAUUAUAUUGAGCCAACCUCAUGCCAAUAUAAACGCACAAAGUCUAUUUGUCAUAUAAUAAAUUUAGUACUCUGAAGCAAUGAUAUCAUAUCCAAAUUACACAUUUGUUUAUUUGUCACGCAGGCACUCGUCAGUCAUUAACCUUAGUGAGGAGAUCUGCUCCUUUCAGGGUACAGCAUUCUGUUGAAUAAUGACAUGUAGCCUGUGUAUCAACUUCAGAGAAUAAAACACAUACAAACAUCAGGAUUGACUGACAGCUUGUUGUGCACACUGUGAGACUGAAUGAUGAGUGCACAUGCUAUUUCAGGAAAUGUGAGACAAGUGGAGUUCUCUUCGGUGUUACUAUUAACAAAUAUAAGACAGAGAACAACAUGUGAGUAUACAACAUGUGUAAUAAAUCAGAUUUAAAAAAAAAA